AUGUCGGAAUCACCGAGAUCGUCCAAGUGCCUGACUCGGUUCAGCACUCCGGUGCCCGAGUUGGAUGACCACCGUUUUCAACUCGAUCCUUCAACCGCAGCAGACGUCGGUGCGGAGACCCCACAGAAUACCACGCAGCCGGCAUGUGCAACGGACGCGCCAGAGCGUCCCGAUCUGCUAAACGUCAAUGAAGCUAUUCGAACGGCGGGCUCCAUCUCUCGCGAUUUUGAGCAUGCGGUUGUGGACGAUGACAAGUCGUGCCGGGACGUCGAUGGGCGCAUCUCGAUCGACCGUGCGUCGCCUCUUCUGGCAGCUCGUAGAUGGAGUCGGAAUCAGCAGGAACCUCCGACGCGGUCCCGAGAAUCGUCGCCUUCGAGCAGAUCGUCCUCACCACCCAAUUCCGUCGACGCCUUCGCCGAUCCGCGUCGCCGCGAGCGCGCCAACACUCUGGAGAGCCAUGCCACUGUCGACGUGGAAGCUAUCCUGCAGCGGACCGUGUCUGGAGGCAGCCAUGGUCGCCGUCCGACCUUCAGCAAUGCAAGCGUGAUCAGACCGGAACAGGGGGAUGUCAGGCUGGAAAUACCGGAGAAUGCCUGCGUCACUCCGUACGAGCAGCCUGGCAGAAUUCCGGUCAUUGAUUACGAGGAGCUGGAGGAGUUCGUCGCUCUCAACAAGAAGGCGAAACCGAUCACGAGCAGUCGAAAACACAGUCUGAGUUCCCAGAGCAGGACCUAUCGGGUCUUCCACGAUCUCAGGCCCAAUACUUUCAAGCCCGAUCUUCCGAAGAUAGUGACACAGUCCUGGGGUCCGGAGCGGUCAUCUUCAGAGGCCAUUGGGCCUCUCGACGAGAAGCUUGAGGACAUACCCAGCAAGGGUAUGGAUGACAAGGACCUGCUUGAGAAACUGCAGAAUGAAAACGGACCAAACCGCUUCAGCUUCUUCUCGUCCGAGUCUCAGAGCACAGUGCACGCCUCGGAACUGGGUGACCUGGUCCUGCCAGGAGACACCUUCCGGGACCUCUUCCAGUUGGGCCCGGAGGGAGGUGUCUGGUGGCUAGAUGUUCUUAAUCCCACCGAGGCCGAAGUUGGUGCCCUCUCUCGCGCCUUUUCCAUCCAUCCUUUGACGGCGGAAGAUAUCGUGACCCAGGAAGCCCGUGAGAAGGUCGAGCUAUUCAAACAGUACUAUUUCGUCUGUUUCCGUACCUUCUACCAGGUGGACAAGACCAGUGAGGAUUACCUGGAGCCAGUCAACCUUUACAUGGUGGUCUUUCGCGAUGGAGUGAUCACGUUCUCCUUCACGGAAAAUCCUCACGCCGCCAACGUCCGAAAGCGAAUUGGAAAGCUGCGCGACUAUGUGUCUCUCAGUAGUGACUGGAUCUGUUAUGCCAUGAUCUUCGGCCCUGUCAUCCGGGAAGUGGAAAUCGAAUCGGAAGCCAUUGAAGACCACGUCUUUGUCGCCCGUGUCGAUGAUUUCGAAUCAUUCCUGCCCCGCAUCGGCGAACUGCGAAAGAAGGUGAUGAGCCUGAUGCGUCUCCUUGGCGGCAAAGCCGAUGUCAUCAGGGGUUUCUCUAAGCGCUGCAAUGAGCAGUACUCGGUCACUCCCCGUGGUGAUAUCGGUCUGUAUCUGGGCGAUAUUCAGGAUCACGUCGUGACCAUGAUGUCCAACCUGGGUCACUUCGAGAAGAUGCUCAGCCGUUCACACGCCAACUACCUCGCGCAGCUGAACGUCACCAAUCUUGUCCUGGGAAACCAUGUCAACAAGGUGCUGAGCAAAGUCACGCUGAUUGCUACCAUGCUUGUCCCGAUGAAUCUCAUCUGUGGUCUGUGGGGCAUGAACGUUCCUGUCCCCGGCAGAGACAGCGAGAAUCUUGGCUGGUUCUUUGGUAUUGUUGGCAUCCUUGGACUCAUUGUCGUCUCUCGGUUUGCUGCGACCUUUACCGCCACUCUCUUCCUCGUCCUCCUCUAUCUAAUCUUCUCCAGUCCCCGCUUCGCAUAUGCCGCCGACAUCUCCUCUUCUAUCGCAGAGACAGACCACAACUAUCCGAUCUCGAUAGGCUCGUUGUCCGAUGGGAUUGGGGAGGAAAGGAUAUGGCUUGAGCUGGACGACUUCGACGACGUCUUGGAGGAAGAUGAAGCACCGCAGCUGGCCAUAGUUCGGAGGGCCCCUCAGGGAGUCACUGCUCUGGGGAACAAUCAGUUCAAACAAAACAAUAUCAACCAAGGAGAAACACAAUACUUCGUCUUUCCAAAGGAGGCUGUGGCUGGCCCAAAGUCUCCAAAGCCGAAAGGGCUUCCCCCAUUCGAACCGGCUCCAAACGAUGAUAGUGACCAGGUCGACCUCCGUGAAUUGAAACGGCGCGAUGACGAACUUGACAAACGGUCAACGACGGUGUAUAUCUCGAUGACCACCUGCUCACAACCCAGUGGUAACAAGAGCGAUCCUGACAGCGGAUACACGCCGCCCCAGCUCCAGGUUUACAUCUCCCGAUCCGAAUCGCUGCAGAAACCGGGGCCUUCAGUCGAUAAUUCGAGCCAGGUUCAAUACGAUGCGGACGGUGGAUACAUGGGAGUCGCUAUGCAGGCUGACGGGGACGUUUACCUCUCUGUGUCGGCACCCAAUGCGACGGGGUAUUCUGGAAUAUAUACGUACGAAAUCGCUGCGUCCAUCGAUGCCUAUUUCCACAGUGUCGUGGAGGAUGAUCCCUUUCUUUACUUCGUCGAUGGCGAUAUCAGUGCCGCCCUUCUUGUGACGAAUAACGUUACCGAGUCAGCGUCGGAUUCUGAGAAUUACAAGCAAUGGAUGAACAUCACUCCGCCGUAUACAGUCUUUGCGAGCAACACCAACGACACGUCUAUAAUUGGUAUGCAAAAGUCGUACUGUGCGCUGGAUCAAUUUGCGCAGAUCAGGAAGAGCAGCAACAACGUCGAGGUGGGAAUGACGAACAGAGGCUUGGGAAAUAAGCCGAAAGAGCAGUUCUACAUCACCGGUCUGAAUCGCAGUUCGACAUACUAUGGUAUCCUUGCUAUGGAUGGCAAUUCGACCAGUUCAGGAAACGGGAUCAUCGGCGGAGGAGGAAAGGUCUGGCGGCCAAUGAACUUCUCCACCAAAGCAGAUGACAACUGCGCUGUUUUGUUCAACCUCUCAUUCUGCUCAGAGGUCGCCUAUGCCGUCCCCUCCAACCCAUCACUCAAUGUCGCUGAACUCACCGACAUCUACGACAGCUACGCUGCCUCCCUGUACAAGAACUUCUCCUAUUCUCUACAGCAGAUCCAGUGCAACGCCUCUGCCGACUCAGCAUACUCACUCGCCGUCGGCUGCGACGACUGCGCUGCAGCCUACAAACAAUGGCUCUGCUCAGUCACCAUCCCCCGAUGUGCCGAUUUCUCAAACGACGCAAGUUUCCUACGCGUCCGAAACGCAGCCCAGCCCUUCCUCAACGGCACCCAAAUCCCCAGCGACAGCCCUCUCGUGCAAUCGCCAGUGGAGAGUCGAUCCCGCAAUCCUUUAAUCGACAGCCAAAUCCGACCAGGUCCCUACAAAGAGGUCCUACCCUGCCAGGACCUCUGCUGGGACCUCGUCCGGUCCUGUCCCUCCAACCUGCAAUUCUCUUGUCCAGUAGGCCGAGCCCUGAAUGCCUCCUACGGCUACCGCGACCCGAACGGAGAUAUCACAUGCAGCUAUCUCGGCGCAGCGUACUAUCUCAAUAACUCUUGGAGUUUCCGCUCUCAGGCCUUGGUUUCUCUUUAUUAUACUGUGGCUAUUUUCUGGACUGUCAUUUGGGCGUUUGUGUGA